AUGUGCAAGUCAUUGACUAAUAUACAUAAAAUCUGGAAAACAAAAUUUAAAAUGCGUAUAGUUUUCAAAUGUUUACUUCUCUACUUCGUCAGUAUGGAGUUUUCUACAGGAUACGACGACAUAUCAGCACAUAAGCCAUCAAAACAAUACAAAGAUUAUUUUUUUAUUGGUGUUGCUCAAAAUGCUGUAGACAGAUCCCCAUCCACCUGUUCUUCUGAUGCUUCCAAUCCAACAUGGUGGUACGUAGAUAUCGGAAACAUCAAGAGUAUUUAUGACGUAGAGAUUUACUUCAGCGAUUCUAAUGGUUACGAACAACGACAGAGAGAGCGUAUGUAUGGAUACAAACUCUACAUCUCUAACAGUUCAGACUUCAGUCUCCUACACGAGGCUUACUUGUGUUACAGUCAUACUGGACCGGAGUUACCCGAUCUUCACGUUACUCAUGUAUGUGUUUCCUUUGGUCGGUAUGUAAUCUUCUACAAUGAAAGAGUUCCCGGUGUGACGUAUCCUGGCAAUCAAAUAUAUACCUAUACACAGCUGUGUGAAGUCAUAGUACAAGGUUGUGCUAGAGAUGGUGUUUAUGGACGUUUCUGUAAUAAGUCCUGUCCUACAAACUGUCAAGAGAGAAGGUGUUAUAUAACUAACGGAACUUGUGCUGGAUGUAAAGAGGGCUGGAUUGGGGGAAAAUGUAUUGAUGCUUGUCCACAUGGAUAUUAUGGUGCAGAAUGUAGGAGAACAUGUCCAGAACGAUGUAAAAAUAAUUUCUGUAAUCACGUGACUGGUCAGUGUGAGGGAUGUAUAUCAGGAUGGAUGGGAUACGACUGCAAUGAAACAUGUUUUCAUGGAAUGUACGGCGAAAACUGUGUAAAGCAUUGUAGUAGAAACUGUGCAAAAGAGAAAGAAGAUUGUAACAGAGAAACCGGGGAUUGCUAUGACGGAUGUAAACCGGGUUAUCGUGGCUCGAAAUGUGAACAAGAAUGUGAUUUUGGUACUUAUGGUGAAAAUUGUGUUGAACUGUGUAGUGGUAACUGUCUUCAUAAUAGAACCUGUAAUAAACUUAGUGGAGAAUGCAUGGGUGGAACAAAUUGCGUCAUCAACAGAAAUGAAUAA